AACACUAACUUCUCUCCAACUUCAAGUCUCCCAAUUUCCCAACUAGCUUAACACCCUCUCACAAUGGCUCUCGCACCCAAAUUCGCCGGCCAAAAAUUAGCCUCAUCCGCCAUCUCCCCCAAAGCCGUCCACACCCUCGAAAUCUACCUCGACUACGUCUGCCCCUUCAGCGCCAAACUCUUCAACACAAUCUACAACACGCCCCUCCGCCAAACCCUGCUAUCCACCUACUCCCCCACCCUCAACACAAUCUUCCGGCAACAAAUCCAGCCCUGGCACCCCUCAUCGACACUCGUCCACGAAGCCGCCUACGCGGUGCAAAAACUCUCCCCCGCAGCAUUCUGGCCCUACAGCGCCCUGCUCUUCGCCCACCAAGCCACCUUCUUCGACGCAAACGUCGUGAAUGAAACGCGAAACGCGACAUACAAGCGCUUGGCUAAACUAGCAGGAGAAGUGGGCGUGGAUGAGGACAAGGUGUAUAAGUUGUUGGAGAUAAGCGAUAAACCAGACAAGGACGGGGGGCUGAAUGGCGGGAAUGGGGUUACGGCGGAUGUGAAAGUGCAGGUUAGGGCGAAUAGGUUGGUGGGGGUGCAUGUUACGCCUACGGUAGUGUUUGAUGGGGUUGUAAAGGACGAGAUUAGUAGUAGUUGGAGUGUGGAGCAGUGGGAGGAGUGGUUGGGGAAGAAUGUUACAAAGGAGCAACAGUGACUAGUCGAUGAUGAGGAGAGAAGGCAGCACAAGAGAUAUGGGUUCAAGAUAUAAAUCCAUUUUUCCUUACAAAA